AUGAUAAACAACAAAAAAAUAUUUUAUUCCUAAUUUUGAGCACAUGCUCCACUCUCUCCUCUGCAGCUCUAGUCUUCUCCUUAGCUGUACCCAGAAAAGAUCCAAAUCUAAACGGCGAGAAAGAGAAACAGAGAGACAUUCUUCUUAGACUGAUCUCCCUGUUUCUUUAUCUCUCUCUAUCUCGAUUGUCAACAAUGGCCGAUGAACCUUCCCUCACUCGGUGGUCUUUUCAGGAUUUUAAAAUAUUUUAUGAUGCCAAGUUUGGGAGAAAGAAGAUACCGGAGAAGCAAAACGGCGAAUCGGCUGCUGAUAAAUCAGUGCCAAACGGGAGUUCUUCGUCGAGCGCUUCAUCAAAUGGAAAUGGUCAUGUCAAGAACACAUCGGAUAUGGCCAUUUAUGAGCAGUACAGAAACCAAGAUAGGAGCACAAACCACUCGAAUGGAGUUUUAUCUGACGGGAUUGAUGCAAAACCGCAGAAGUCUUUGCUUCCUGCUUUUGAUUCUGCUGAAACUCGCGCUUUAGCUGAGGGUUUAUGCAGGGAUAUUGUUCGUGGGAACCCUGAUGUCAAAUGGGAAAGCAUUAAAGGGUUAGAGAAUGCCAAACGUUUACUGAAAGAAGCAGUUGUCAUGCCAAUAAAAUAUCCCAAGUACUUUACUGGUCUUCUGUCACCAUGGAAAGGCAUUCUUCUUUUUGGUCCUCCCGGGACAGGAAAGACAAUGCUUGCAAAGGCUGUUGCUACAGAGUGCAAAACCACAUUUUUCAAUAUUUCGGCAUCUUCUGUUGUUAGCAAGUGGCGUGGUGAUUCAGAGAAGUUAAUAAAGGUGUUAUUUGAACUUGCUAGGCAUCAUGCUCCCUCAACCAUAUUUAUUGAUGAAAUUGAUGCAAUUAUUAGUCAACGGGGUGAAGGUCGCACUGAGCAUGAAGCAAGUCGGCGUUUGAAAACUGAGCUACUUAUACAGAUGGAUGGUUUGAUGCGUACAGAAGAGCUUGUUUUUGUUUUGGCAGCAACAAAUCUCCCCUGGGAGUUGGAUGGAGCCAUGCUCCGGCGUCUGGAGAAGCGAAUACUUGUACCUCUUCCUGAAUCAGAGGCAAGAAGGGCCAUGUUUGAGGAACUCCUGCCAUCACAACCUGAUGAGAUUGAGCUCCCUUACAAUUUAUUGGUGGAAAGGACAGAAGGUUAUUCAGGUUCAGAUAUUCGAUUACUGUGCAAAGAAGCUGCCAUGCAGCCACUAAGACGGCUGAUGGCACUCCUUGAAGACAGAGAGGAAAUAGUGCCCGAGGAUGAGUUGCCAAAAGUUGGGCCGAUCACACCAGAGGAUAUAAAGACAGCCUUAAGGAACACUAGGCCAUCUGCUCAUCUCCAUGCUCACCGUUAUGAGAAGUUUAAUGCUGAUUAUGGUAGCCAAAUACUCCAAUGAAGGCUCACAUCCUCGGAUGUCAUUCUAAAUUCCUCCAUGAAAUGUUUCUUAGUUUAUGUUGUUAUCAGAUAACGUGUACUAUUAUAUCUUUACCAUAACGAGCCUAGAUGAGGACGUGAAAGUCUGAUAAUUAUAUAUAUCAUGGUUUGGUCUCAACAAUUACUUUCCAGUAUCCAUUUUUUAAUGGUUUUUGUAGGAUUACUCGCAGAUACUCUGAACACCGUUUCCAAUUUUCUCGGUUUAUUUCAAGUAAAGCUGCUGCAAAAGGAUGCUGUCUUUAGCUGAUUAGCUCGUUCAUUGAGAUAUCACUGUUCAUUGGAUGUGCAAAUUCGUUUCACCAGAGUUUUUUUUUUUUUUUUUCCUGUGUAACAUUUGAAAUGUUGUGUUCUGUUAAUUUUUUUUACUAGAAGAAGAAUAUUGUUUACUUGCCCGAGUUAUUUUUCAUUAUUUUUGUUA